AUGGCCUAUGAUCGCUACGUGGCCAUCUGUAAGCCCUUACAUUACACAACCAUCUUGAACAACAAGUUCUGCACUACACUCCUUCUCUGCUGUUGGAUUGCUGGCCUGUUGAUUAUUGUGCCCCCUCUUUGCAUGGGUCUCCGGCUGGAAUUCUGUGACUCCAAUCUCAUUGAUAGUUUUGCUUGUGACGCAUAUCCUAUUCUACAGAUCACCUGUUCCAACACAAAGCUUAUAGAAAAGGUUGUUUUGGCUUUUGCUGUGCUAACACUGAUUUCUACCCUACUGGGUGUGCUUCUCUCCUACACAUACAUCAUCAGCACCAUUCUAAAAUUCCCUUCUGCCCAACAAAGGAAAAAGGCCUUUUCCACCUGUUCUUCUCACAUGAUUGUGGUUUCCAUGAGCUAUGGCAGUUCCAUCUUCGCCUACAUUAAACCUUCAGGAAGGGAAGGAAUAGCCCUUAAUAAGGUGGUGGGGCUGCUCUUAACCUCAGUUGCCCCUAUGCUUAACCCUUUCAUUUAUACACUACGAAACAAGCAGGUAAAGGAAGCCUUCAAAGACACAGUAAAAAGGAUCGCAUUUCUCAUAAAUAAGUAA